AAACCUUUAGAAAGAAUCUUGCUAUUGCGUGUCAGACUGAGAGUUUGUUUUUAUGUUAGCUUUUGGAAUUGUAGGAACCAGAGCAUUAGAACUUAUCAAGGAUCUGCUCCCUUACUUUCUCCGUUGCUUCCUUAAAUCAGACCUCAGUGAACAUCAUGACAGAUACUCCUGUGACACUCAGCGGAACAGAGUGCAAUGGGGACAGACCACCUGAGAAUGGCCAACAGCCUAGCUGUCAAACCAGGAAGGAGACAGCUGAUGCAGAUGAGACCCAGCCAUACUACAGGGUUGAACCCAGUCUUGAAGAUUUACCUACAAAAGAAAAUCAAGAAGAAAGUGGAAAAAUUAAAGGGAACAUACUACCCAAAGGGUCUGAAGACGAGAAGAUUCGUAAUGAAAACCCAGAAGAGAACCUCUUCGUUGUUCAUCAGGCCAUUAAAAAUCUUUCUCUCCAAGAAACAAAUGCAGAAGAUAAGGCUUUCCUAGAAGGACAUCCAUGGAAGAAGAUUCCUCUGAACAGCAGUAACUUGGAAGUGAGUAGACAGAAGGAAAGAAUUGUCCACCAACAUCUGGAGCAGAUUGAAGAUGAAAGCACAGCCCACCAGGCCACGGAAAUUGAAUGGCUUGGGUUCCAGAAAUCUAGUCAAGUUGAUAUCUUGCAUUCUAAAUGUGACGAGGAGGAAGAAGAAGUGUGGAAUGAAGAGGUCAAUGAGGAAGAUGGUGAUGAGUGUGCUGAGGAGGAAGAUGAAGUCCGAGUAAUAGAAUUUAAGAGAAAACAUAGAGAAGGUUCUCCAUCAAAAGAGGAAAGCCUUGAAAGGGAGGACUCCCCACUAAGCAGCCCCAGCUCCCAACCAGGGACCCCCGAUGAGCAGCCAGUGUUCGGAAAGAAGGGAGACAUCGCUAGGAAUUCUUAUUCCAGAUACAACACAAUAUCCUAUCGGAAAAUCAGGAAAGGCAACACCAAACAGAGAAUUGAUGAGUUUGAGUCAAUGAUGCACUUAUAAACUAAUGGGGAGUGAGGAGCAUUAAAGAAAAGCUAACUUCUAACUUCCUUCCGCUGAGAUGUCUUCCUCUGCCUUAUUUGCAAGACGUGAAUGCUUAAUGUCUUUUUCACCAUAAAGCAACUUAGAAAUAACCAUAGACAAAACUCAUUCUGGUAACUUCAAACCAACAAGCUUUAGACUCAUUCCUGGGUUUUUGCUUUUAAAGCAACAAAAAAAGGUUAACUAGUGUAGCAUCAGGUAAGCAUUGUUACAGAGCUGAGCCUGGUAGGAUUUGUCUUUAAAAGUAGCAAUAGUAAGAGAGGCAAGUCAAGUGAAAGAGAACAGUAGACAUGACUCUCAUAACUCUCUUGGUGUUUUUUUUCCCCUUUUAAGCCAAUGAGAAGCUUAAAAUUAAACCCCAUCUCCAUUAAACAUGGUUUUUUAUAGAUUCUGGCUUUUUUCCUUGCUUUUCUAAUUAUUGUAAAAAACUAUUGUGUCUUAAGUCGGUUUCCUUGACAUCUACUGAGUAAAAAUUCAGCAGAUUUCCUUUCUAGGUGCAACUGUCCAGUGACUUUCCUCACUAUAAGGCUAAGCAAUUGUCAGUCAGAACUCUGUUUGCAGAGUGUGCGGGCUUUAUGCUUUCAACAUGAAUUAAAUCCAUUGUGAAGUUAAUCCAGAGAGAGCCUAGAUGACUGGUGAGCCAUAGAGAAUGUAUUGGAUGGUUUUAUUUUGGUUACUGAAAACAAAGUCUUGUCUAGCACAAUGAAAAUCAUUAAAAAUAAAAUGGCAAUUUUAGCACAA